UGUGUUGGGCUCAUUUGGAAGGAAGGUUUGGUGUUCUGACUUCCUGGACAGUUGUUACCUAAAGCCUGGAGUGCCUGUGUCAACUGUGGCGGUGCAACUGCCACACCUUCUCUCCCCCUUCUCUCAGGCCUCUCGGUGCACCACUUCUCCUGAGACAAAAGGCGGAGGACCGGUACGUGGAGGUACUCCUCCUCUUCCCUUGCCCCUGCUUGCCUCUGGGUAGCAAGGGGCAAUGAAUUGGAACAUUAGGGGAUGCCCUAGUUGUAUCUGACUCCUGCUUUGCGCCCCACUGCCCAGGAACAAUCCUGGGGUCAGUCGUCGUCUGACAGCCUGGGACGCGUGAACACGAAUCACGGCUCAGGUGGGGUAGCGUGGAAUCCGUGAGUCCAGCAAGUUCUGGGGUUUGCACAACUGGUAGAAAGAACCAGAAGAUUUUGCCAUGCGAGGGGGCUGGUAUGGAAAAGUAGCCGUCAGAUCUCCAUCGUCUCAGACCCUAUAACUAGAGAUUCAAAGCGAGUGUUAAUCAAUAUCUGAAGGGAAGUGGGAGGAAAAUGGAUGAGGCCAGGCUCUUCUCGGUGGUGCGUAGCGGAGGACAAUGAGCAGUGGCCUAGAACUUGAGCACAGGAAGUUCCAUGCAAACAUGUGGAAGACCUUCUUUACGGUAAGGGUGGGGGAGCCCUGGGACGGGUUGCCCAGAGAGGUGGUGGAGGUUAUGACCAGCAUCUCCUCUGGGUUGGGAUGCCUCUCAGGUACUGCCAAAUCCUCGAGGCCCUCUACCAAUGAUAGUGUACCAAGGAUAGUCUACUGUGCUGUGAUCUUCAGGGACGUUUUCAACACAAGCCAUCCUAUUGUUCUGUGAUCUUCAAGGACACCUCCAACGUACAAAAAUCCAGUGGUUCUGUGAUCUUCAGGGAGCCAUGCAACACAAACCAUUCCAGCGUUGUGUGAUUUUAGAAGCUGGACGUGAGCCAGCAGUGUGUGCUGGCAGCCCGGAAGGCCAAGUGUGUUCUGGGCUGCGUUAAGAAAGAGGUGGCCAGCAGGGAGAGGGAGGUGGUUGUCCCCCUCUACUCAGCUCUUGUGAGGCCCCAUCUGGAGUACUGCACCCAGGCCUGGGGCCCUGUAUGAGACCUGUUGAACUGCAACUCCACCUGUGUGACCGGAAGGGGUGGAGCCAGGCUUCACCUCUCCUAAACCCCAUUUAAGGGCUGACUGCCACGGAGGAAGGAUCGCUCUCUGAAGAUCACUCCUCUUGGAGCCCUUUUGGCGAGCCUAGGACACGGGCUUGGAAGCAAGCUACGUGUGGGAAAUAUACUUGGUGCAGGAAAGGGGAUGUCCUUAGCCAAGGUGCUGGAAAACUGAAGGAAAACAGAUGAAACUGCAGAUCUAUCAACAAAAACGAGAUGAACUUGGUGCUCCCUUUCCGGAUGAUCGUUUGGAUCCGGAUUUUGUGCCUGUGCCUCUGGGACAACCCAGAGGCCCUGCUGGUGAAUCAGCAGAACAGAAUCCUGCCUCUGAGCCUGAAGGGGAUGCUGGAGAUGUGACUGGAGGAGGUGAUCCAGGUUCCGCUCUGAGCUCUGGGACUGAAACUCCGGCAGAUCGCAUGGGAGUGCCCCCAGGGAGGGCUUUGCCCGGUCAUGUGUUUCCUCCUGCGCUGGAGCCCAGCUGGAAUCCCAGCGGUCCGGAAAAAGGAAAGGAUGAACCCAAAAGAGGAGAAUACUCCCAGGGCUCAUCCCGUCUCCUCAAGGAACUGGUGAAGGAAAUGGAGAAGGCAGCGCGUGGAACUGACCAACAAAGUGAGCAGGAUGCACUGCAGGAAGGCAGCCAUCCCACACUGCCAGUCUCGGGCAAAGGAACGCAGGCAGCGCCAACAACUGUCAUGCCAGGGAUGAAUGCCGGGACGAGCACAAAGGCUGCUGUUGGCAGAUCUGCGCGAAGGUGCCACAUCGCAGCGAUGGUACUGUUCUCAGCUGUGCUGCUGUCUGCGCUGGUGCUGGCCUGUGGUGCUGUGAUAUGGAUGUGCCAAAAAUACGUAGUGUGCAAGAGAGAAGAGAGAGCAGCAGAGCAGGCUCAUCCUGAUACCAACUAGGAGAGAGUUCCAACUGGAGACGAGGGCAGAACGGAGCUGGGAGAGGCAGCCGAAGAGACUCUUGCCCCAUCAAAGAAGAAUCUCAGCCAUCGUCCCAGUGCAUUCCAUUCUGCCAUCCAAGAGGCCAAAGGUCUUCAAAGUCAUCUGGAAGACUUGGAGCUUGAACUCAAAGCCGUGAAAGAGGUCCACGGGAACAGUCCUGAGUGCUGCUUUCUGUCAGGGGACGGCCCUGAAAGUGAGAGCGGAGAACCAGCAGCAGAGCUUUUGUCCUUCACCCUGCAUUCUCUGGGACAAGCAUCAGCAACAUUUCAAAGAUUCUUAGCUCGGCACAGCUACAAUCCUGUUGAGGGUCCUAAUGAGGAGCCAGAAAGCGAGCUUCCUCUGACCACUGGACAACACCUUAACGUCUUUGGAGCUGUGGAUGAGAAUGGCUGGUUUCAGGGAGAGCUGACAGAUGGCACAAGAGGACUGGUCCCAUCCAAUUUGGUUAUGGAGGUUUCAGAUGAUGGACUGGAUACAACGAUGCCUCCGGAGCUCUGUGCUAUCCUGCUGGAUAAUUGAUGAAUAAGUGGAUGCAGAGAUUCCGAGGCACAAACAAACAAACAAACAAACAAACACCACCCACAAUAAAACAACCAACCAACCAACCCAAAAAGCGCUGCUCUUUUUCUUGGAUACACUGAGGUGAUCCUUUUUCUAGCUGAGACUUUGCAAUGAGUCUUGAAGCAGAUUUGAGCCGGUAGAAGUUGGCAGUGUCUGCAUUCCGUUCUCCUGAUUUCCUUGCUGGUCAGAGUUAAGGUGCCAUGCAUCCAUUCCCCAGCCCUAGCUGUCUCCUGAAUCAUGAGAACAGCCUUUCCAUAUUGUGGAAAGAACUGGAGUGGAUUCACGCUGAAGGACAAGAUGCUUGCAGACACGUAAGCUCAAGAGGAGAAUGCAGAGUCCACGGAAACUCACUGCCAAACACCGAUGAGAAAGUAGAAUAGGCUCCUGUUGUUGAAGAUGGGACGGUGAAACAGAUGUCUCAGCUCAACACAACGCCAGUAGGAGCUGGUUCGGGCUACCCCCCCUUAAAAGGUCGGAAGUUCACAGCGAGGUAGACUAUGAGCCUUCAUCCACUGACCGCCAGAGACCCCCACCACAUUUUUAGGACGCGUGCUCAAGAGGGUGGGACAAUACGUUAAUAGUUUCUCAGAAUUCCAGCCCAUUUUUGUGGAACGUAAUGAAUAUGUGGAUGUUAUGUCUGUAAGCAUGUAACCAGUGCUUUUCUCUGUGUGCGAGUUAGGAGGAGAUAUCCCCCCCCGCACCCGGCGCCGUAAUGAGCGUACCUGCUUUGUAACCUUACGUGGGUUCCAGAGUUUGAUUCCACACGUCACUCCCUUCACUAUUAAGAGGACAAAGAACUUCUGGCACAGAAGGAUGCCCACCUGCAAGGCUCAAAUUGCACGCUGCUUCCUCCCUCUCUGCUCAGUAAAACUCUGUGUUGGGCUCAUUUGGAAGGAAGGUUUGGUGUUCUGACUUCCUGGACAGUUGUUACCUAAAGCCUGGAGUGCCUGUGUCAACUGUGGCGGUGCAACUGCCACACCUUCUCUCCCCCUUCUCUCAGGCCUCUCGGUGCACCACUUCUCCUGAGACAAAAGGCGGAGGACCGGUACGUGGAGGUACUCCUCCUCUUCCCUUGCCCCUGCUUGCCUCUGGGUAGCAAGGGGCAAUGAAUUGGAACAUUAGGGGAUGCCCUAGUUGUAUCUGACUCCUGCUUUGCGCCCCACUGCCCAGGAACAAUCCUGGGGUCAAUCGUCGUCUGACAGCCUGAGACGCGUGAACACGAAUCACGGCUCAGGUAGGGUAGCGUGGAAUCCGUGAGUCCAGCAAGUUCUGGGGUUUGCACAACUGGUAGAAAGAACCAGAAGAUUUUGCCAUGCGAGGGGGCUGGUAUGGAAAAGUAGCCGUCAGAUCUCCAUUGUCUCAGACCCUAUAACUAGAGAUUCAAAGCGAGUGUUAAUCAAUAUCUGAAGGGAAGUGGGAGGAAAAUGGAUGAGGCCAGGCUCUUCUCGGUGGUGCGUAGUGGAGGACAAUGAGCAGUGGCCUAGAACUUGAGCACAGGAAGUUCCAUGCAAACAUGUGGAAGACCUUCUUUACGGUAAGGGUGGGGGAGCCCUGGGACGGGUUGCCCAGAGAGGUGGUGGAGGUUAUGACCAGCAUCUCCUCUGGGUUGGGAUGCCUCUCAGGUACUGCCAAAUCCUCGAGGCCCUCUACCAAUGAUAGUGUACCAAGGAUAGUCUACUGUGCUGUGAUCUUCAGGGACGUUUUCAACACAAGCCAUCCUAUUGUUCUGUGAUCUUCAAGGACACUUCCAACGUACAAAAAUCCAGUGGUUCUGUGAUCUUCAGGGAGCCAUGCAACACAAACCAUUCCAGCGUUGUGUGAUUUUAGAAGCUGGACGUGAGCCAGCAGUGUGUGCUGGCAGCCCGGAAGGCCAAGUGUGUUCUGGGCUGCGUUAAGAAAGAGGUGGCCAGCAGGGAGAGGGAGGUGGUUGUCCCCCUCUACUCAGCUCUUGUGAGGCCCCAUCUGGAGUACUGCACCCAGGCCUGGGGCCCUGUAUGAGACCUGUUGAACUGCAACUCCACCUGUGUGACCGGAAGGGGUGGAGCCAGGCUCCACCUCUCCUAAACUCCAUUUAAGGGCUGACUGCCACGGAGGAAGGAUCGCUCUCUGAAGAUCACUCCUCUUGGAGCCCUUUUGGCGAGCCCAGCAUUCACCUCUAUUACUUUGUGCAACAGUCAGCCCCCCAGAAAGCACCAGACUCAACAUUGCUGAGGUAGCAAGGGCAGGGAAAUGGUCAGGGCAGCAAUGAGCUCAUGAUGGCCAAGGUUUGAUUGCCGACUGCUCUGUCACCGAGGUUCGCUGCUUCCCAGCUGUCCCUGCCCCGAGGAGGAGAGGCGGAGUCAGGGCGUGUGAACCGCGGGGCCGUUCGGGCGAGGUGAUACGGUAAGGUACCCAUUCGCGCGACUACACAGGGAGUCGGGUUGUUGUCUCGCUGUGAAGAGAGUGAUUUUCAGGGCAAACCCCGAGCGACUCAGCGAGCAGGCAAGGCGGGGCACCUUGCCAUGUAGGAGGGCGGUUAGCACUUAGCACUGAACAGGUCGUUGCUCUCCGGGCACACCGAGGUGCAACCACGGUCACCACACGGCAGCGAGCUGCUGCUAAAAGGCAUGCAGAGACUGAAAGCACGAGUGUCCGUGCCACAGUUCAGGUCUCAGGCUGCGCAGAAUGCUCGGCCCUGUUGCUGCUACGGGAGGGCAGCUGGGAUACCGCCUGUGAGCGGGUGGAGGAUCUGCCCAGCCUGGUGGUAGAGCUGAAGGAGGAAGUGGAAGGGCUGAGGAGCAUCCGGGACUGUGGGAAGGGGAUUGGUCGGUGGAGCUGCGCUCGGCCGUCCCUACAGGAAGGGUGUGGGGGAGAUGCUUUUCAGGCAGUGGGGGAUCAUCUGCUGUCUCGCAGUCAGGUGGGAACGGGUGACCUCAAAGACAGCGAGGGAUGGAAACAAGUCCCUGCUUGGGGCAACAAGCGGACUGCCCCUCAGCCUGUCCCACCUUCCCAGGUGCCCUUACAAUACCAGGUAUGAGGCUCUGGAGCUAGAGGGACUGGGGGAUGUGGAUGUUGGUGAAAGUCCAUCUGUGCAGGAGAGGUUGCCCAAGGCUGGUCAGUCUGCUCCCCGUUCUGCUACAGUGUCAGUCAGGAAAAAAAGAAGGGCUGUUGUCAUAGGGGACUCCCUUCUGAGGGUAACCGAGGACCCGAUAUGCUGCUUGGAUCCGUCCCGCAGGGAGGUGUGCUGCCUGCCUGGUGCCCGGGUGAGGGGCAUUGCUAGGAACAUCACUCGCCUGGUUAAGCCCUCCGAUUAUUAUCCACUACUGUCUUUCCACAUUGGAAAUGAAGAGAUAGGCAAAAGAAGUCCUCGGGUGAUCAGAAGGGACUUCAGGGGUCUGUGAAGACUUCUGAAGGGAUCUGGCGUGCAAGCAGCGUUUUCCUCUGUCCUCUCAGUUGGUGACUGGGAUCUGGAUAAAAGGAGGAGGGUGCACAUGUUGAAGGAAUGGCUUUGUGAAUGGUGUCAUGCUCAGGGCUUUGGGUACCAUGGCUUGGGAUGCAGCCUUGAGAAAGGGAGAAGGCUGACAGUGGAUGGGAGCCGACUGACUAGAAGGGCCACAAAUAUUUUUGGAAAUAAGCUGGCAGGGCUGGUUAGCAGGGCUUUAAACUAGGUAUGAUGGGGGAAGGUGGUAUACUGGGUGACAGAGAAUCAUAAAAUCAUAGAAUUGCUAAGGUUGGAAAAGACCCACAGGAGCAUCCAGUCCAACCAUUCGCCCUUCACCAAUGGUUCUCGCUAAACCAUGUCCCUCAGCACAACAUCGAAACGCUCUUUGAACACUACCAGGCUCAGUGACUCCACCACCUCUCUGGGCAGCCCAUUCCAGUGCCUGACCACCCUUUCAGAGAAGGAGUAUUUCCUAGCGUCCAGCCUGAAUCUUCCCUGGUGCAGCUUGAAGCCAUGAGAAGCACCUGGGAAUGCUGUCACCUUGGGAGGUGGUAAGGGAAAACCCCAGACUCAUCCUGGAGGUACUAGGGAGGGCUCCUCUGAGAAGGCAAUGAGGCCAGUGGCUAAGCUGAAGUCCCUCUAUAUCAAUGCGUGCAGCAUGGGAAAUAAACAGGAGGAGCUAGAAACUGUGGUGCAAUUGGGAAAGUAUGACCUAAUUGCUAUCAUGGAAACAGGGUGGGAUGAAUCGCAUGAUUGGAAUACCCUGAUUGAGGACUACAGGCUUUUCAGAAGGGAUAGACAGGUUAGGAGGGUGGUGGAGUUGCCCUCUUAUGUUAGGAAGUGGACAGAUUGUGAAGAGCUGUGUCUGAGGAACAGCCAUGAUCAGGUUGAGAGCUUGUGGGUAAAAACUGCGGAUCAGUCCAGCAAAGGGCAUCUAGCGGCUGCGGUCUGUUACAGGCCACCUGAUCAGGAAGAGGCUGUGGACGAGACCUUCUUGCUUCAGCGGCAGGAGGUGUCAUGCUUGCGGGCUCUCCUCCUGAUGGAGGAUUUCAACCACCCGGAUAUCUGCUGGGAUAGUGCCAUGGUGGGUGGCAGACAAUCCAAGAGAUUCCUGGAGUCUGUUGAGGACAACUUUCUGGUCCAGGUAAUAGAUGGAGAGGUUUAGAUUGCGGGCAACCUGGGCUGCAGUGACCAUGCCUUGGUGGAGUUUGUGAUCUUGAAGAAUGCGGGCCUGGCAAAAAGCACAGUCACGACGCUGUGCUUUAGGAAAGGGAACUUCCGUCUGCUCAAGGAACUGCUGAGUGGGAUCCCCUGGGAAACUGUCCUUAAGGGCAUGGGCACAGACCAGAGCUGGCAGCUCUUUAAGGACACCCUUCCGAGAGCUCAAAGGCUCUCCAUCCCCCAGCAGAAGUCGUCGAGCAGAGGAGGCAGGCGACUGUCGUGGCUGUGCAAGGACCUGCAGCUUAAAUUGAGAGAAAAGAGGGAAAUGUACAGAAAGUGGAAGCAGGGUUGUGUAUUCUGGGAGGAAUACAGGGCUGUUGUCCGUGUGUGUAGAGAUAGGAUUAGGAAAGCCAAGGCGCAGAUGGAGCUGAACUUGGUGCGGGAUGCGACAGACAACAAGAAGGGGUUCUACAGGUACAUAGGCAGGAGGAGACAGGCCAAGGAGAGUGUUCUCCCCCCGAUGAAAGGUAAUGGGGAGCUGGCUUCCUCAGACAUAGAAAAAGCUGAGGUACUUAAUGAGUGCUUUGCCUCAGUCUUCACGGGUGGUCAGGCUUCCCAUGUCUGCCAGGACCAUGAGCCUCUAGGUGAGGGUGUGGGGAGUGGUUUCUGUCCACCAAGCUGAGCGGUGCAGUCGAUACAUUGGAAGGAAGGGAAGCCAUCCCGAGGGACCUGGACAGGCUGGAGAAGUGGUCCCACGAAAACCUAAUGAGGUUCAAUAAGGCCAAGUGCAGGGUGCUGCACUUGGGUCGGGGCAAUCCCAGGUACUUCUAUAAACAGGGGGGAAGAUCUCCGUGAGAGCAGCCCUGUGGAGAAGGACCUGGGGGUCCUGGUGGAUGAGAAGCUGGACAUGAACCAGCAGUGUGCACCUGCAGCCUGGAAGGCCAACUGUGUGCUGGGCUGCAUUUAAAAAAAAAAAAAAAAAAAAAAAAAAAAAGGCAGUGGCCAGCAGGGAGAGGUGAUUGUGCCCCUCUACUCAGCUCUUGAGAGGCCCCAUCUGAAGUACUGCGUCCAGACCUGGUGCUCCCAGUACAGGAAGGACAUGGAGCUCUUGGAGCGCAUCCAGAGGAGGGCCACUAAGAUGAUCAGAGGGCAGGAGCACCUCUCCUGUGAGGAAAGGUUGAGGGAACUGGGCUUGUUUAGCUUGGAGAAGAGAAGGCUCCAGGGGGACCUCAUUGUGGCCUUCCAGUACUUGAAGGAAGCGUAUAAACAGGAAGGGGAACGGCUGUUUGUGAGGGUGGAAAGUGGUAGGAUAAGGAGGAAUAGUCUUAAACUGAGACAGGGGUGGUUUAGGUUAGAUAUUAGGAGGAAGUUUUUCACCCAGAGGGUGGUGACGCACUGGAACAGGUUGCCCAAGUAGGUUGUGAAUGCAUCCAGGGAUGGGGCAUCCAAGGCCAGGCUGGAAGUGGCUCUGGGCAGCCUGCUCUGGUGGUUGGCGACCCUGCACAUAGCAGGGGCAUUGAAACUCGAUGGUCAUUGCGGUCGUUUUCAACCUGGGCCAUUCUAUGGCCAUCUCGAACCAUCAGCGCCAAGAUGUGUGUGCCAGUACUGUCACUCUCCUUGCACACAACUGAUAGGUGAAAACUCUGAUGUGGUGAGACUGGAGUUAUCAAUUAUAAUCACUUCUUUGAAGGAGUCAGAUCUAAGACAACUGAGACUAGCUGAAGAUCUGUUUUGAUAAGACAGAAAUCAAGUUUCUGCAAGCCGUGUUUUUCUCUGUUCUGAGAUGCUGUACUGCUGUAAGAAGCAACAUUUGAACUGCUUCUGUUUUCUUGCUUUUGUACGAGAAAGAUUUACUCUUAAUGAUGCAUGACUCCUUCACAACAGAGACUAGUGUUUAUAAGAUUCGGAAUGGGAGCAAACAAGUCAGACAAAUAUUUCUUGCACUCAGCUUUCAGAUUAGGCAUAUAUUUUAAAGAGGCACCAGAGAGGUGGAGACAAUGGAAAGCAAGUAAAAUCCAGGGAAACAAGCUUUGUUAAAAGCUUUGAUGUAAGAUCUAAAGUCAGUUUUUUUCCCAUACAGUGUUAGCUAUAGUGAUGAUAAAUCAUGCCCAAAAGCUUCACUGCACUAGAACACAAAAUCCAAAAGAUUAGAAGCUGCGGAGAUAAAUUCAUCUCAGCCCAGAAAUCCUUCCAUUUGUGUACUGACUGGAGUUCCGAGACUGCAGCAUCACAAUCAUUCUCCUUCUCUGGGUGCAGUCUAGAAGAUGAACACCCCCAGACACGCACACUUGUUCAGCUCUUCCUUUCCCAUCAAGUCUGGGCUUGAUAGAGAUGUUUUUAUCCCCUCUUUUUCCUGAGAUUACCCUCUGUUGCCAUGUUUUACUUGACCACUAACAAAAAGGUAUUUCUAAAUUAUUCAACAUGAGAUUCUUUGCAUAGUAACGUAUUUGGUAAUGCUCUGCUCCCAGGCAGGGUCCCCGCUACAACGAUUUUCAUUUCUCUUGAGCCGACUUGCAAGCACACCCCUUCAGAGCACAUUUCCUUCUACUGUUAGUCAUUGUAAGAAACCUUGUGGCAAAUCCACCUGCAGAAAACACAAUCAGCCUGUUUAGUAACAAAAGAUUUUGAUGUAAGGAAAAAAAUUCAAAUAGUUAAUUAACAGAUUGAGAGAGAGCCUUGAAGAGAUAAUUGCUAGAACCAAUUCUAGUAUGAAAAUUUCUGGGGUUUAAGAAUAAUUACAGAUGAGAGGGUAUUUCUGAAGUGUACUAUACUGUAUCCUUAAAAGGGCAAUAAAGUUCAUUUUGCUUGAUAUUCUUUUGCUUUUAGUAGAUACACUGUAGCAAUUAGACAGAUCAGUACAAUAGGAAAAGCAAUACAACGGAGGUGCUAGUCCUUCUGUCAUCACACAACAGAGAGGUGCUAUAAAGGAAGGGAAGAAGAUUGCUCCCCUGUACCAGAAAAUUCCAGAUUCACAGGAAGAAGCUUCACCAAGGAGGGCUCACCAGGCAAAGAUCCUCCCCAGCAGCAGUCAGCCCUUAAAUGAGAUCUAAGAGAGCUGCAGCCAGGCUCCCCUCCUUCCAUUCACACACAUGAAUUGCUUUCACCUGUGCUCUCAGGGCUGACUGGGUCCUUUCCACAGGUGAUCAAUCCGUGGUUCAGGCCGUGACUCAACAGAUCCCACACAUAUCUUAAAGAUUUUAGAUUUUUUUUCUUUCUUUCUUUCUAGGAAGACUGAGAAAGCAAAAAAUCAUUCUGCCCUUGCUCCUGACCCUUGUCCCUGCCUCCACCUGCCCUCAGCGUACGGCCAGGAGAGGAGGGGCACUCAGCAGCAUGAUGGGAGCCCUUCAUAUUCUCCUCAGCUCCUGACCUUCCAGCUCUGCAGAGACAUUUCGUAUCUCAGUGAUAGUCUGUGGCCCCCACAGCCCCCCAGACCCGACCCCAAAGGCCUGCUGCCUCUCUCUCCCCCCCGACCCACACAGAUGGGCCUGGUGGGCACUGUCAGUGCUGGGAGCCCAGGAGCAGGCACAGGCAGCCUGGCCGGGCUGGGAUCUGCGCUGCUCUGACAGGAGCUCUGUGCUAAUGUCAUGCUGCACAGCAUUCCAGGGACCAGAAGCUGCAUCUCGCGCAGCGGUGAGUGAUGGCAGCGCUGUGUGUGCCCUCCAGGGGGGCCCGGGACAGGCUUGAAAAGCAGCACCGCGUGAACCAGAUGAGGUGCAACACGGCCACGCGCGAGGUGCUGCACUCGGGCCGCCGUAAUCCCGCAAAGGUGCUGGGAGGGCCGGAGCGCCUCACCGACAGGAAGGGCUGAGGGAGUUGGGCUCGUGCGGCCUGGAGAAGGCUCUGGGGAGACCUCACUGCGGCCUUCACGUGCCUGGAGGGAGCUCACAAACAGAAGGACAGCGACUCCUUACACGGCCUGACACCGGCAGUGCUGUCCCAACGGUGGAUUCGUCGCCCGGUCGCCCGCAAUAAGUCGGUCAUCACCGGGUAUUUAUAUCAAGAGUGCAGGCCCGGGUGCUCGUUGGUUUCCAUAGAAGGAAGAAAUAUUUCCCGAGGAGGGCCCCGGCACACGCUGUCCCGAGGAGCGGUGCACACCGAGCGGCACAGCCGUACCGGACAAACCCGGCGCAGGCGCAGGCGCAGGCACAGGCUCCGGCCCUGCGCGGCCCCCUGCACGCCCCGCCCCCCGCCUCUCCUAUUGGCCAGCCCUGCCCUGUUCGGCCAUCUCAUUGGCUUCUACUGCUGCCUGUUACAUGCAAGCUCCCUCCCCGAUCCUUCUUCCGGGAGAGCGCCGUCCUCCCCUUCGUCCCCGCAGAGCCAAUUGGCUACCCUGGCUGUCACUUAAAGCUUGGGAGGAGGGACGAUUGGACGAACGCGGCUGCCCGCUCUGCGCGUGCGCAGUCUGAGUGAGGGCAAGUCCGGGCAGCGGGCGCACGCAGGCGUGACGUCACUCGACGCGACGCGUAGCGUACCGGGUGACCGUCACGUGACCUGGCGAGGCGGCGGUACUGGGCUGAGGGAAUACCAUGGCCGUCCCUCUUUCCCCCACGCUGGUGCUGGGCGAGGCCUCGGAGAGCGACUCAGAGCCGGAGCCGGGGGGGAACACAGCCGGGACUCCCGCAGUGGGGCUGAAGGUUCCGGGGGAGGCGUCGGAGACCGAGGAGGAGGAGGAAGAGGACAGUGCGGCCCGGAUGCCGCUGCCAGGGGUGUCCAGGGGGGGCCCCUCACUGCUGCAGCAGCGGCUGGGGGCGGGCGAGGGGCGACUGCGGGGCGCAAUGGCUGAGGCACUGGGACGCAGUUUCAGUGGGGCUGCGCGGCUGCUGGAAGGUCUGGGGGGGCCCCUGGGCCACGCCCAAGCUGGGGCAGCUGCGACCGCGCACUGCCUGUGCCUGGUGCGCCGUGACCUGCGCGCUGUGGCUGCCACCGUAGCCACCAUCACCGCCUGUCACCUGCUGCCUGACAUCCGUGGGGAGCUGUGAGAGUGGGAAUGUCUGUGGGGGGGGGGGGGGGGGGCAGUGCUGGCAGCUGUGGGGAGCUCCUGGCGUUGUUGUUGCAGUGUCACUGACACUGACCUUCAGCACUGUGUCCAAUGGACUCGAGGGUUGUGGUUGUCACUGAUGACAUUCUCAUUGUCACUGCAUUGCCAGUGCUGUGUCCCCUUGAGCUGAUGCUGCCAUCAACAGCACUGCCGCUGAUCGCUCAGUGUCCCAGCGAUGUCCCUGUGUCACCUGGCCUGUGGGGACCUUGGCCUCACAGUGACGUUGUCAGUGAAUGGAAGCUCCUGACGAUUGAUUGAUGCAGAAUUCUGUAGUUUUGCCCUGUAUAGGGGAUCUGUGGGUUCUGGCACUGACUAAAGCCCUUUGGAGACAUAGCUGCAGCAAGGACACAGCUUUCACUAGGUGGGUGGCAGUGUGUUCACCCACGGCACUGUGGUCCCAGUGGUCUGAGCAAGGUCCCUUUUGUUGCCCCCCAUGUCCUUGGGCUGUGGUUGUGUCCUGUGCGUCCCUUCCUGCCAUAUGAAUGUCUCCAGCAUCUGGCCACUGUCCCCAAGCUGUGGCUAUGUCCUGUCACCCUAAGUGCCCCUUGGCCUUGUCCUUAGCUCUCUCCUACCUCUGUGUACCCCUCUGAGAACUUCAGCCAGGGACAGGGAGAAGUACAUACGAAUCUCACACCACGGAGCCACAUGGGUCUGUCACGCUGCAUCCUGCCUGGGCUGUCACGUCCUGUGGGACACCAGGGGAUACACCCUGGGUGCUAGUGGGCUUGUGGCACCAAAAUGCCCGGGGCCUGAUGAGGGUCCUGGGGGCUCCUGGCGUCUCCAGAAGGGUCCCAACUGUCCCCAGGGACUGACCUGAGGGGUAGUGGAAAACCAGGAUGAAGGUUCACUUUCCCCAUUCCCCUGUGUUGUGGCAAAGGGGAAAGGUUUUGUGAAGAGCACAGUGGUGUUGGAUUCUGUUCAUAAAGAUUCUAGACCUCGGUUCCCUUCCCGUAUCCAAAUUAGAAUGAAAGAUAGUAUUAACAAUUCAUCUUUUGAGGAAGAACCUCUGAGCACUUGUAACUGGCAGUGCUUUGAUAUUCUAGGUAACCUGUUCCAUAAGGAGUGCUGGGUGAUGCUGACUGAUACUGUCAAUUGUGAGCAUGCUCCACAGAAAGUUUCCCUCUGUGGGAGUGAGGAAACAAAAUGUGGUGAUUCAGUACUGUGGGGUUAUUAUGGGGUUACUAGAGUCUAGGAUUCUAGAGUCUGAGGAUUCUAUGAAUUGAUUAUUGGAGGAUUCUAUGAGGAUGCUAUGAGGAUACCAGCUCCUGUGAUUAUAAGUUCUGUUAUUUCAGAUUCUGUGAUCGUUUCAUGAUUCUAGAUUCCUUGACUCUGUGAUGAUUCUGGGCUUCAGUUGUGUGGUGAUUCUGAUUCCUCACUAAGAGUAUAGAUUCCCAGACUUGUAGCUACGCAAUACGAUGCGUUUCCAUCUCCACUCCUGUGCAUAGUGUGUGGCAUAGUUCUGAGUGCCUGACACAGCCCAAGCAAAAUCAAUUUCUGUAGGUUAUUACUAAAUAAAUAAAUAAAUCAAUAAAUUUCUUGCUUUA